CGGUGUAUUCAGUAAGUAGUAAGACCCGACUGGCUGUAAUAACUUUUGAAUGUAAAUUAAUUGUAUACCGGUACUUAGACUAUAAUUGAUAGUUUGAAUGUGUAUGAUGUCAAAAUGGCAAACAUAGGCAUAUGAAAUUGUUGCUGUUCUGUAUGACAAAAUUAUAAAAAAUCUUAAUGCGAUAAUAUCGGAAAGGCAGGUAGCCUAAUUAAGUUAUCUGUAAUUCAAAUACUGAAAUAAGAGUAAUUUCUCAAUUUGCAUUAGUAGACUAUUCCAUGUAUUCCUAAUGAAAUUUUCGCAAAUUAUGUUAACACUUUUUAAAUCACUUUGGGGUAUGUUGCUAUUAAAUACAAAAACAGAGAUUAAAAGAAUAGUAGAAAAUGAAAUGUAUUUUUAGGCCUAAUGUACCGGUAAUAAAGAAUCAGAGUUUGUAUCACAUAUUUCUAUGUCUUGCAGUCUUGUGAACUUGCACAGAAAAUCUAUGAUGAUUUUGUUUGUUUAAUUAUAUUAAAAUUAAUUAGAAUACAUUUGGUUAUAAAUUAUGAUUCCGGCAUGUUAUGUAAUUUUACCCUUAUUCAGUCAUACCACCACUGUAGAUUUGAAUGCAAUUAUUCUUUUGUUAUCAAUAGUGUGAUAUAAAAUUUGGAUCAUGAAAAAAUUCUAUCAUAUUUUAAAAUAAAACAUCUGAUACCGUAUUGCUCUCCACAAAAAGCAGAUAAAAAUGUCCAUAAUGUGUAGAAACAAUAUAGAAAAUUCUUGAGUUAACAAACCCUUACAAAAAGAAAUUAAAGAAUUUAAAUUAGAGAACCCUUAAAGAAAUUACAAAAUUUAUUCGAUGCAUUAUUUCAAAUAGGGAAUUAAAUGUCUAUGAUAUAUUUUUUGCAUUUCCCAAUUUUCUCCCUUUUUUUUAUUGUUUUUUCAAUUUGAAAAAUAUCCCAAAUUUUUAUUUCUUCAUUCAAAUAAAAAUCUGUCUUGCAGAGAACGCCAGACCCUAUUUGACUUGGGAUAUACCGGUACCUGCUUAUUUGAAAAUUGAGUAGGAUUCGUUUCAACUAAUCUUCAACGCAUCUGUCAAGAAUUUCAUUUCAUAUUAGAUAUGUGUAAUCUUUCCAUUUUACUUACGAACGCAAUUGAUUUUUUACUGAAUCUGACAAAUAAAGCAGUCAUUCAGUCACAAUCACAAUGAAUGAGAACUUGAUCUUGGAUAUAUUUCAAUCGUUGGAACUGACAAAUCUAGAUGAGGAAUGGGUUGAUCGAAUGCAUUCAUCAGAAUUUACAGAUGACCCAGAAAUUGACAUUGACAUACCUUCUUCAGCUAUCAAUAACCUGGAAGACUUGAAUUUAGCACUUCGAAAUGGAUCUAAGCUACUUGCGAACUUGUCUGGUCAAACAAGGUGCUCUUUGUUGAAUGAACUUAUUAAAAUUGGAAUUACAAGUAAAGUCAUUCAGUCUUGGAUAUAUUAUCUUUUCCACGUUGGUCUGAAAAUGUCUGCUAGCUUUGAGCAGACACUAUUAUGUUUACUUGCAGCGGACUUUUACUUUUUGCUACUUCAGUUGCCUGGUAUGAGUUCAUCACAAUUACAUCAUGCUAUACUUUUUGAAAAAGCUGUGAAUUCUCUACAGAUGGUGACACAAGUUGAUGCCACAAUGUCUGAAGAAGUAGGACGCAAAAGAAAAGCAAAUGUACCCCUAAGUCAAUCACAGAAGCGGCGAAAGGCGAGCAAUGAUAAGAAUACACAAGAAGAAGAAGAUCAUGGCAAUGUUGUUAUAACUCCAUCGCAAAUGGCAAAUCUUUACAGGCUCCUUAAUUUAACAUUGACUGAUUUCUGUAAAUAUUUAGCAUCUGUUUCAUUGAGGUCUAAUGAGGUGUCGUUGAAACAUGCUAUGCAAGUCUUGGUGAAAAUUGCAAAUUGUUUGAAAACGAAUGCUCCAAUAAGCAUUAUAGAUUACAAAAGUUUUCGUAGUGAUGGUUCUACUGCGGACAGUUUUAGACUCCCAUAUCAACAGGCUGUUUAUGCCUUGUUUUUGACAAUUUCAGUAAAACAUGGUGAUGUUCAUCAGUUGUGUUUGACCUUAUUUCGAUUCAUUUUGCCCAUAAUUAUAAUGAGAGAUGCUAACAUUCCAUCGUCUACUGUUUCACGAUCCUUCUUUCAAAACUCGGAAAUAUUCCGAAAACUUGUUUGUCAUUUGUUUGAUGUUCAUGGAGAUUCCGUUUCCCAUAGUAUAUCUGUACUGACACAAAACUUGAUUGCUCAGUGUCCUGAUCGUACAGAAUUUCGCAAUCAUCUUGCAACCAUCGUAUCAUGUAUUUUGCAGCACAUGCCUACAAAUUGGUAUGCUGACUUCUGUGAUUGGCUCAGAAGAAUGGCAGUACAUUCAAAAAUUGUAUAUCGAAGUAAUACACUGGCAACUGUGGGGAAAUUGCUUUGUAUGCCCGAGCGUCUGAAUGAUGAGAAUGAUUCUCUCGAUCCAGACACUCUUGUUUCCACAAAGCACAGCUAUUUGCUAAAGAUAGUUGUUGGAAGAUUGUUAGAUGUGUCUCCAUCUGUGCGAUCGAGAGCUUUGCAUGUUCUUGUUGAAAUGAUGGAGGAGGGGAUUGUUUCUCCAACAGCGCUACAGGAGGUCGUGGAUGCAAGAGGAAAAGAUUUAGAAUCUGAAACACCUGCAACCAAUGCAUCAGCUAGAGGAAAAUCUAGCACACCGGCUACUCUUCACACAGUUGCUGCCCCCACUCUGAUGAACAGUUGCACAGUAAUUGAGGAUAACAAAUCAACCCUCUUACAACUACUUUCCAGAUGUGUUUUGGAACCCAAAGCCAUGGUUCGCAAAACAGCAGUGCAAGCAUUAGAAAUGGCUUUGAUCUCAGACUUUGUACAACCAACUGAUGAGAGCAUGACAAUUCUGGAAAAGAAAUGCAGUGACCCAUCACUAAUGGUGCGUAAGCAGGCUAUUAGUAGUAUUUCUCUAGUAUUAAUGCACCACAAGUCUUCCAAGCAAGCACAGGCAUGUUGGGCUCGGGGUGUUUUUCCUGCAGUACUGGAUGCUGAAAGUUCCAUCCAGGAAAAGUCUGCUGCUCUUAUUGAGUCAACCAUUUUAGAUAACUUGAAUGGUUCUGAGGAAAAGUCAAAUCUAGCUUGGGAUCUCAUUUCUUUUCUUGCAACUCAAAAAGGUGAACCUCUGCGAGCAUAUUUACAAACAGUGUGCAGGCAAUGGAAUCGUCAGCAAAAAUUGAAUGUUGGUUUAGUAUCUAAAUUCGCCAAGGAACUUGAGACGCCCAAUAAAUCAGCAGGAGCUUGGCUUUUCUUAAGAUUAUUCACCUUAUAUGUUUGCAAUAAAAGCAUAGCUGAUCAUAUUGUAAAAACCUGGGUGACUGAAUAUAAGAAAGCAAAUCCAUUGAUGUUUCAUAUAAAUUCCACUAUGACACUGGGGCAAAUUUGCAAGCAUUUGCACGAAGACACUAUCCAACAAGUAAUGGACAUUUGUAUUCAGCGCCUAAAGAUGCCACAUUGUCCAAUUCAGCUGAUCUCCUACCUAAUUGAGACCAUUUGUAACUUGAUCGAAACACUUUAUAAAGAAAAAACCGAUGGCCAAGAGUGGCCCCAACCAUUAAUGGAAUGGUGUAAGGCAAUCCUACAAGACGCUGACGAAUAUUUGUAUAAAGUUGUAAUGAGCACUGCAGAUGGGUGUUCAAUUUGGAACGAACACUCUCUCAUACAUCAAUUGUAUAUUACUGGGAAUAUUGGUAAGCAUUGUGCUACCAAAGUGCCAAAAAGACUUAUUUUGUCAAUGCAAGCUUUGCUUACUAGCACAGAAUGUCUCAGUAAUAUGUCACAGCUUCAAAGCCAAAUCUCUGCGAGCCAAGAUGUUCUUCAAUCACAACCUUUGUCACAGUUUGUUCAGUCUGGAGGUAUUCCUCACCAUAUUCGUGCUCAUGCUGUCAUAAAUUUAGGGAAGAUUUGUCUCCACAAUGUUCAAUUGGCAAAAAAAUGUAUUCCUGCAAUGGUUCGUGAGUUGGAUACAUGUGAUAAUGCAAUGGUGAGAAAUAAUGUGUUGAUCAUACUGACUGAUCUUUGUGUGUUACAAACACAAUUAGUUGAUCCAUAUUUGGGUGAUAUGGCAAAUUGUCUUGGAGAUGAAUCGGUUGAAGUACGAAGGAAUGCUUUGAUCCUUAUUAAUAGCUUACUGAAGAAGGACUAUGUUAAGUGGAGAGGAAGCCUUAUAUUCAAAUUUUUGACACUGCUUUGCGAUAAUAAUACUGAGCUUAGGAAUCUAGUUCGAUUCAGUCUUAUUGAACAAACUCUUCGAAGAAAUGCUGGAGAUAUUUUUUUCCGACAUUUUGUGGAAUCAAUAUUUUAUUUAAAUGCAUACACGGAUCACAACAUAUUCAACAGAUUCGCUAAAACUGACAGGGAAUUAAGGUUGUUUGACUUUUCUGGAGAAACUAAGAAAUCGGAGAGGAUGUCUAUUUAUGUAUUUAUGCUUGAGCACAUGGAUGAUGAACAUCGAAUUAAGCUUACUGGAAAAUUAUGUACUGAUAUUUUGGAUUCUGUUGUCGACGGCGUCAUUCCUUUGGGGAACAAAGCUAAUGAUGUUAUAGCAGACACUCUUGCAAUUCUUUGUGGACCGGAUCUGAAGUUGAAAUGCAUGAAAUCUGCAUCAGAUGAUGAUCAAGAUGUUGAAGGAAUGCAAAAUGAAGCCGCAAACAUUGCAAAAAAUGCAAUGAAACAAAAGAUCAUAUCCCAUGUGGUAAAAAAGAAUCUAGUUGAAAACAUCAUGCCAAUUAUUAUUGCAAUUAAGAAUUUGCUGGUUGCUAAGCAAAGCCCUCUUGUUGGAAACGUUAUGUUGUGUUUAAAAGAAAUAAUGAAGGAUUAUAAAACAGAAGUUCAAGAUCUUCUGACAGCAGAUAAACAACUAGCAAGUGAAAUUGAGUAUGAUCUGAAACGCUUUGACAGAGAACAAGAGGAGAGGUUUCAACGAGAGCAUCCAGUUUCUGUUGCUGAUAAUACUCCCACACAUUCUGCUACUGUUCAGAGUGAAAAUGAGAAUGUUAUUGCCAGCCCAGCACGUGUUCAGAUUGCGGUAAAUCAGACAGUCACAAAUCAACAAACACCUACUAGACACAAAGAGAACCGAGACCCUGCGAGCCCAGCUCAUCAAUUUCUCAGUCCUACAACAGCUAUGAGAAGGCAAAAAGGUUUAGGGAUAACUGCGGUGUUGAAUUAUGCCAGGAAGACAAUGAAUCAGCUGAAAAUUAAUGACCAAGAUCAGAACUCUGAUGGACAACCUCCGUCCAACAGUUUAUCAAAAAGAGCGAUAUCGACGCCAGCAAGAAAAACUGCGCUCGGAGAUCUCACAUUCUCCAACAUGACAGAAAUCAGUGUGAUAUUUACACCUGUCGAAAAGACCACUGAUCAGUGAACUUGGUGCAUAGAAAAGUUCCAAACAAUGACAAGACGUGAAACAUUUUUGUGAGUUCUGAGAAUCGAAGUUCUCAAGUCAGCUCUGUAUAUCUGGACUGUUUCAUUAUUAUCUGUCAUAAUAUGAAAGUAUACUUAUCACAGUAGAAUUCUGGUUGAGAAUUUGGCAUUGGGUAUUGUAAGAAAUAGCGGUUUCAGUUCAGAGCCCUGCCAUACAUUUCAAUCUAAAAUCAUACAUACCGAACUGCCAUGAAAUAUCGUUCCUUCUUUGUAAAUUUCGUUAAACACACCACUUUCAUUUGUAAAGAAGAAAUGUAAAUAUAUUAGCAAUGA